UGCUAGGUGGUGGAAGGGACGUUUGAGGACUAUGCAAAUGUAAAGAAAUACACAUAUGCUUCUACUUCCAUGUACAGUAUAGUUUAGGUUAAUAUUGUUGACAUUUGAUUCUUUGAGUAAUGGCGACAGGACGUGGAUUGAUUCUCCAACAGCACAUUGACCAGCAGCGGAGGCAGAGUGCUGGGCAAAUUUUAGAAUCAGUGGCUCCAUCAUCUUCUACAGUGAAAUAUUCAAAGGCUCAACCCCAUACCAGUCAGAAUCCCAGCCUGAAGAAAUUUCCAACUCAGAAGGCAUUUUCACCCAAAACUUGUGGGAAAAAAUAUGGCAGAUUAAAUACAGGAAAACAUUCUUCUAAAAGAAGCUCAUACAUAGACAGCCUUCCAUCUGAAAUACUUCUGAAAAUAUUUUCAUAUUUAGACGUGGUCUCACUCAUCUGUAUUGGCAGUGUUAAUAGAAACUUUUUUCAACUUUCUAAGGAUAACUUACUUUGGUACAGGAUGUAUUGUUCUUCAGUUUUUGUAAAGAAUUCCAGAUGGAAAUCUAACAUGGUGGUCUUGGUGGCAGACAAACUGAGUACCUUUGACUUACAAGAGAAACCACCUGGUUUUUGGAAGACCACUUACAUCAACAGCAUACUUGGAAUCAGGAAGCACCGAAUAAACCAGAUACUAAAAUCUAUAAAAUAUAACAUGGGAAUUCCAAGCAACAUUGAAAAGAUUGUAAAAAUGUCAGAUUUGCGGUGGACCAUUACUUUCAAGGACGCCAGUGGGGGAGAAAAUGUAAUUGAGCAAGUGGAAACUUUAUUUACUCACUCAUCCCUUACUUUAUCUUGGGAAAGUUUAUUAUGGCCUUCUCUUGGCUCUGUGACCAAACUAAAGCUUCAGGGCAUCGCACCAGUGUUUCUCGAUGCAUGUGUGAUUCCUACUAAAUCUGGACCUCAGAGAUUCUCGCUUAUUGCUGAAUAUGAUAUAACUGACUUGAAAUCAAGCAAAAUUAUUGGUUAUGACCAUCAUAUUAAUGUCCACCAUCUACAUCCUGGCCUAUUGAUUGGAGUUUGGAAGAAAGAUUAUGAAAUAGCAUUUGUUAUGGCAACUCUACAUUAUCAUCAAAUUCUUGAAAAAAGUAUCUUGGGAUUUCCUGACCAAGUAUACACAUUUCCUCCACAUACUCCAAUCCUGGAUGACAUUGAUCCGAACUAUGGACUACAUGGCUACCAGCUUCAUGUUGAUAUGCACAAUGGACUUAGGACCUAUUUCUGUGGAACCUUUCGUAACCUCUUUUGUAAAAAGGAUUACAUCAGAAAAGGUUUUCUUCGACUUACUGCUAUAGGUAUAAAUGAUAGCAUGAAACAUGCUCCUCUUAUUGGAAAAGUUGGUCUUGUAUGGAAAAAUAUUACCUUUCAGGGUUACAUCCAGAAAUGCUUUAUGAUGGAUGUUACUGUUUUUGAUGAAACGGAAAAGCCAUUCUGGUGCCUUAGUUCUCCCGUUAAACUUCUCGCUUCAAAAUCUUCAGAAACUAACUGCAACUUCAUGGGACAAACAUUUAUUCUUAAUUACAUGGAUCAAGAAGGCAAAGUUAAAGCAGAACUAGUAUGGAUGAAUGAAACAGAGGAGUACUACAUCAUUAACUUAGUCCUUUACUUAAGUACUGAAAAAGUGAACAGUUGGUUUGCAACAAAUUACUAGACUAAUCUAGUAGAUUACUAGAAAAUAGAGGCAUUCAAUUGUUAAAAGAACAUGGAUAUAUAUGUAUAUUGUUAGAAACUGCAUUCUUCGUCAGAUCGACAGAAGAUCAGAAGAUAUUACCACCUUACACUAGAGCUAGCAACAUUGCAGUCCCCAUGUUAUUUACACAGAACACUAUUAUUUAUAUUUCCUUAGUUUUAGCAAAUAUUUUUCCAAGAUUCUAUGUUUAUGGUG